CCAUUAAUCUCACAGUGAAAAUUUUAUUAUCACUAAUUUAAACUUUUUGCUAUAACAGAUACAAAUGAUAAAAAACAAAUAUGAGGAAAAAGCAUCCUCUAAUAAAGAUUAAUAUUACAAUACACCACAUAUAUGUUACUAUCAUUUAAAUUUAAUUAUAUAUUAUAUCAAAUAGAAAAAAUAUUUUUUCGAUUUAUAAAAUUUAUUUAUAUGUUCGCACCAAUUUAAUUAUAUAAGUAGUAGAUAAUGACUUUUUAAUUAUUCAAUAUAUAUUUAUUAUUUCAUAAUAUGUUAUAAACAUAUAAUAUAUAAAAUAAUUUAUAUAUAUAAUGUUCAUUCCGCACAAGGCGCGGAUCUUAACCUAGUGAUGCAGUAUUUUGAAAACACUUGAACUAACUUUCAUGGUGGGGGUUCUAAACGAAAGACCACAAAAUUGUCUAAAUCUUAAGGAGAAAAAAAUCGGACGAUAAGUCAAUUCUACAACACGAAUCAAAAUUUUGUUUGCUUUAUCAUUUUCUGAUUUUUAUCUUAUGUUCUGUUAUCGUUAAAAAAAAAAACUUAUCUUAUGUUCUGUUAUCGUUAAAAAAAAAAACUUAUGUUUACCGGAAAAAGCAAAUGAAAAGAAUAGGACCGACACUGUUUACGUAGUCUAGCGUAUGCCGUGUGCAUAUGUUGACGAUUUUGGCACAAAACACUGGCGCGUUUGUGUAAUUAAUUCUCACACACAACGACACUAACAAUAAAUGUUUAUGGACUUCCCAUCGUUUUAAAAUGGGUUGCUCUAAAACUUUUUGCAAGGAAAAAAGAACUUUUGCUUGUAUGAGAUCUACGGUUGGUUCGUUUCACAUUAGUCAAGGUUUGUCGAAAUACACCAUCGUUUUCUUUAUACACUUUGUAUCUGAAAUAUGAUUACAAAUUCCUAAUGUAUGUAGAAACUUGAAAGUAUAUAUUCCACAAAACUUUGAUGGUAUAUAUCCAACAUAAAUUAAACUGCUAAUAAAUUACAAAACUCAUUAAAGAUAAACAAAAAACUAUUACAAAUUUUUUGAUGUGUUUAACAUGAAUAUGAAAUAAUGAUAACUAGGUGACUCAUCCGCGUAUAUACGCGAAAAUGAAUAUUUACGAAAAUUUUAAAUUUGAAUAGUUUGUUAAUAUUUAUUUUUGUUUUGUUUAAUUUUAAUAGUUUGUUAAUAUUUAUUUUUAAUAGUUCACCACAACUUUGUUUUGUAAUAAGUUGGAGUUAUGACAUAUAAUAAGAAAACAAUAAGAUUAAAAUUAAUUAAACAUCGAAAUGAACUUUAGUUUUUUAAAAUAAUACAAUUUAAAUUUAAUUGGAUCACCCAUCGGUUCAAUAGUUAUCAUCGGAUCCUAGCGAAUUUUUUGCGGGUUUUAUAGAGUUUUUUAAAUAAUGGAUAUGUAUUAAAAGCAAAACCAGUAUUACAUAUCGGAUCACCAGAUUUACCGACUUGUAUGGAGAUCUGGAUUGGAUUCAAAAGCACUGAUUUAAAUGUAAAAUAUUUUAAACAGAAAAUAUUCUUACAAACAAAAAAAUUGUAAAUUUGUUAACGAAAUUUAUCAUAAUUUCCGCUUUCACUAAAACCUAUUCCCUUUGCACCUGCUUUUCAUCGAUUUUUCUAAAUAUUAAAACUUUUCUGAUCUGUAAAAUAUAAUAUAAUGUUAAAACUAAAUUACAAUAUACAUAAUCACAAUUUUUUCCUAGCUAUAAUGUUAAACUAAACAAUAAUAUACAUAAUCACAAGUAUGUAAUUUAAUCUAUAGCUAAAUUAUAAUAAAAAUAAUGUUAAAUUAAAUGAUAAUAUACAUAAUCAAAAUUUUAUAAAGGAAAUUCUCUCAAAUAGUUUUUUUAAGUUUUUAUCACAAAAAUAGUCUUCAAGAAAAAAAUCACCAAAAUAGCACUUUUUUAUUUUGAAAUUGUUAAUAUUUUUUUUUUUUAGUUUGAAACCCUAAAUCCCAAAAUCUCACUCAUUAACUCUAAACCAUAAAUUUAUAUUAGUUAAUAUUUGGAUAAAAAUACAUUUUUUUAAUAAAACUUAUUUUGGUGAUUUUAUUAUUAAUGAUUAUUUUUAUGACAAAAAUUUUAAAAAAACUAUCCUAAAAAAAAAUUUCAUUUUAUAAUUUAAACAUUUUUAUAAUUAUCUCACUCCGCCGCGAAGACACUACUUAGUUAAAAAAAACAUAAACGGUUACACCACAACGUGGCACUAAUGUACAAAAUAUCUUUGUAUAUCUAGUUAAAAAACAUAGACGGUUACACCACAACGUGGCACUACUCUACAAAGGAUCUUUGCAUAUCUAGGAUAUACAUAUUACCACAUAUCUCUUGCCAAGUAUUAGUAAUAUAGAAAAUAUUUAGUAUAUUUCCAAAUCAUAGAUCUAUGCAUUAUGUAUAUUUUCUAUAGCUUACACGUAUUUUUUUUUCCGUAGGGUUUUCUAUUCUCUCUAUAUAUUUGUGUGUUUCAUUCACAUCAUGCUUCCAUCCAUCUACAAAACAAAGUCAAAACCUAAAGAAAAUCGUUAGACCAUAUCACCAUUUCUUUGUCUCUUCUCUCUUCAAUGGCUUCUUCCACUACAGCCCUUCUAGGUCCACCUUCCGUCGUCGCCGCCGUGGAGACUCCGAUCAUGAAACCUGUCACCACCCCUGUUUCUACCGACCAAAAUCUGAUCUCCAAGACCGCCGCACUAGCCCUCGAGGAACGCCCACCGAUGGGUCUGACUGAAAACUUGUCGCCUACGUUUCUCUCCUCGGGCAGCCCCUGCCUCGAUUUCUUCUUCCAUAUCGUGCCCGACACGCCUCCCAACGAUCUUGUCCAACGCUUAGCGGUUUCCUGGUCCCACGACCCGUUGACCACUUUGAAACUCGUCUGCCACCUCCGAGGAGUUCGAGGCACUGGCAAGUCAGACAAAGAAGGGUUUUACACAGCAGCCUUGUGGCUUUACGAGAAUCACCCCAAAACCCUAGCUUUGAAUCUCCCGUCUCUCGUCGAUUUCGGAUACUUCAAAGACUUGCCUGAGAUUCUGCACCGGAUCCUUGAAGGUCCGCAGGAGGUGGAGGUGGAGGAGAGAGGGACGAAACGGGUGUGGAGGAAGAGGAACCAGAGCCAGUUCAAGCGGACGAGAGAGACUCGCUCCAAGGUUUUGGAAGAUAGGAUUCUUGAAGACGCCGAGGAGCUUGGUGCUCAUGUAGAUAAAACAAAGGCUAGAGCGUUGAGGAAACAUAGAGAGUUCGAGAAGGCUAAAAAAGCUUUAGAGAGGUAUAACUCUGAUGCUAACUACAGAUUACUGUUUGAUUGCAUUGCGGAUUUGUUUUCCGGUUUAUUGAAAACCGAUCUGGAGUGUCUGAAUGCUAAUGAGCUGUAUAAGAUUAGUCUAGCUGCUAAGUGGUGCCCUUCCGUUGACUCUUCGUACGACAAGACUACAUUGAUAUGUGAGGCAAUCGCUAGAAAGAUGUUCUCUAGAGAUGAGUACGAAGGUGUAGAAGAGUCGCAUUAUGCGUAUAGGAUCAGAGAUAGGCUGAGGAAACAAGUUCUUGUUCCGUUGCGUAAAGCGCUCGCACUGCCUGAGGUGUCUAUGAGUGCAAAGGAGUGGAACCAUUUGAAGUACAAUAGAGUUGCUUCGGUUGCUAUGACCAACUACAAGAGGCUCUUUGAGAAGCAUGAUAGCGAGAGGUUUAGGGAGUUUCUGGAGGAUGUGAAGUCCGGGAAGAAGAAGAUGGCGGCUGGCGCGUUGCUUCCUCACGAGAUAAUCAGUCAGCUGAGCGAGGAUGAAGUUGGGGCGGAAGUUGCAGAGCUUCAGUGGGCGAGAAUGGUGGAAGAUGUUGCCAAGAAGGGGAAGAUGAAGAACUCGUUGGCGGUCUGUGAUGUGUCCGGGAGCAUGGCGGGUGUACCUAUGGAGGUUUGCGUGGCGCUUGGGUUGUUGGUUUCGGAGCUUAAUGAAGAGCCGUGGAAAGGGAAGGUGAUCACCUUUAGCGAAAACCCGCAGCUUCAUCUAGUCACUGGCUCAAGUCUGAGAGAGAAGACUGAGUUUGUCAGAGAAAUGGAUUGGGGGAUGAACACGGAUUUUCAGAAGGUGUUUGAUCGGAUCCUAGAGGUUGCAGUUGAGAAUAACUUAACCAAUGACCAGAUGAUCAAGCGGCUGUUUGUGUUCAGCGACAUGGAGUUCGACAGUGCAGUGCAAACAGAAGACAGUGAUUAUUACUCUUCUCCUUACGAGGAACAGUCCAAGAAGAAAUGGGAGACAGAUUAUGAGGUGGUUCAGAGGAAGUAUAAGGAGAAUGGUUUUGAGAAUGUUCCAGAAAUUGUAUUUUGGAACCUAAGAGACUCGUCGGCGACACCAGUGGCUGCUAAGCAGAAAGGAGUAGCUUUGGUUAGCGGGUUUUCAAAGAAUCUACUGAAUCUGUUUCUUGAGGAAGGUGGGAUUGUGAAUCCUGAAGAUGUCAUGUGGCUAGCCAUUAAAGGUGAGGAGUACAAGAAGCUUGUUGUUCAUGACUAAGAGAAACUUCACUUGCUUAAUCUUUGUACUCAUCAGUUUCUUUGAGUUUACUUUUCGAAAACUUGUUUUCCCAUUUUGUGUUUUGACCUUGUUUGAGGAAAAAGAGGAUUCUUGUUUGAGGAAAAAGAUGAAUCUUGUUUAUC